AUGCUCGAAGUGUACUGCGAUCCGUGCACGGUCAAUAGCCGCAAAGUUCUGGCAGGCCUCGACCUCUUGGGCACCAAAUACCACUUCAACCACAUCAACUACUUCACUGGUGAACAUAAGGGACCGGAAUACCUGAAAAUCAAUCCACAUGGCACUGUGCCGGCUGCGGUUGACGCAGACUUGAAGAUUACCGAGUCCAAUGCCAUUUUGCAGUACGCUGCAGAUGGCUGCGGCUCAAUGUACCCCAAAGACCCGAAACAGCGAUGUGCCGUGAAUCGUUGGCUCCUGUGGGAAGCCUCGAUUUGGUUUCCCAGCUGCUACGUUUAUCUGGUGGAAUAUGUAGUAAAGCCUCUUCUCCAGGAAGAACCCGAUGAAUCGGUCAUUGAUGCCGAAGCCCCGAAGUGGCACAAGCACGCCGCGAUCCUAGAUGAGCAGCUCUCCAGGACCAAGUGGCUCACUGGCGAUAAUGUCACUAUUGCCGACAUCGCCGUUGCUGCGCCUAUGCACCUACAUGCCGCUCAACACCUUCCGCUGGACAAGUACCCGAACCUCACGCGGUGGCUCACGAAGCAAGUCGAAGAGCUUCCCGAAUGGCAGAACACCCAAGCCGCUGUCGACAAAGCCUUGUUGCCAGGUAAGGCUGCCACCACCAGUGACACGACUGAUGUUACACACGCUAAUCUCAACUACACCAAGAACGUUGAGAAGAGGACUGAGCUUUACUUCUACGAGUGUGAGGCUGCGGAGGACAUUCAUGAGCCUGGGGAUGAUCCGCAUGAAAUGGCCGUCAACGAUGGGUGGUACAAAGCCGACUCCUUUUCUAUUGAUAAGGAGGGCUUCUCCCUUAGUGAAUUCAACACGGGGUUUGACAAAUGGGAAGACGAGGAUUCCGUUCGCAAGCAGUUCUACCCCGAGAUAGUGGAAUUCUUGAAGAAAACCACCGGCGCCAAGCGCGUGCUCGUCUUUGACCACACCAUCCGCACCAAGCGGAACGAAGCCAAGAAGUUGACUCAAGAGACAAAUACCUCGCAGCGCGCUCCGGUCAUGCUAGUCCAUUGUGAUUAUACGGCAGAAUCUGGUCCUGUUCGUGUCCGCCAACUACUCACAGUCGAGGCCGAGGACCUCCUUUCUCGGCGUGUAGCAUUCUUCAAUGUAUGGAAGCCGCUCUACCGUACAGUGGAGGAGCGACCGUUGGCCAUGUGCGAUGUGUCUUCAGCGCCCAUGGAGGACUUCUUCAAGUUAUAUCUCCGAUACCGUGAUCGUGUUGGGGAGAACUAUGUCAUGCAAUAUUCACCGAACCAUAAGUGGUGGUAUUUCCCAAAAAUGACGCCGGAGCAUGUUAUUACGCUAAAGACAUACGAUUCCGAGAUCGACGGACGUGCUCGUUUUGUUGGACAUAGCGCGUUUGAGGACCCAAACUCCCCGCCUGAUGCCCCGAUCCGGGAGAGUGUUGAGAUUCGCACGAUUGCAUUCUUUUAA